AUGGAUAUCCACGAGGCAGCCAAGCAAAACAACAUAGACGCUAUCAAAUCUGCAAUCAGCAGGGGUAGCAAUAUUCACGCUCUCAAUAGAUAUGGGUCAACACCUUUGUGUGUAGCGGCACAGCAUGGGCAGACAGAGGCUUGCAAAUACCUUAUCGCUCAAGGAGCUGGCUCUGAGUUGCAACGUCCCAACAUCCUCGAAGUCGCUGUAAAAGGCGGACAUGCAGACGUUGUAGCCGUUCUGUGGCCGAACUGCAACGCAGCGAGAGAGUAUCUGGCACUUGAAACUGCCAUAUCACUAGGCUUUCAUGAAAUCGCGGAUUUCCUGCUAGAGAAUGGCGGGKUUAGAUAUUGCGAAACUGACUGCGUUGAAAAAGAUUAUGCACUACUUCUGGCCGCAAAAGCAGAACGCAAUACAGGACAUCGAUUGUCGGACUACUUGCUUCGAGAAUACUUGGUCGAUGCGAAUUCUCAGAUCAAGAUUAACGAUGGUCUUGAAACUCCAUUGACAGCAGCUGCCGAAUACGGCAAUCUAGAUAUACUCGAGCUUCUGAUCAGCCAUCCAAACACAAAUUUCACAAUCUGUGGGAAAUUCAAGUGGUCUGCUUUCCUUCACUUGCUUGCAAAUUCUCAUGCUAUGUCCCUGCAAAGAGGUCAUGAUCUUGCACGACGAUUAUCUUUCGAAAUCCCGUCCAAUGAGUUCUUCACUGGUGUCGUAAAUAUGAGCAUGGAGACUGCGUUUAGUAAUCUGCUUCGGCUCAAUGACAGCGAUCUGGUGAAACGAGUGAUCAGUCUUGUACGUGGCGCUGUCGGUCUCCUCAUACUACCACUUUUGAUCCGAGCCCACGAGGUGGAUGGUAUAAAGUGGAUGUUGAAUAGCCGUGCUAUGGGGGCAUCACAGCCACCGCCGUCUCUAUGGGUCUUGCUCUGUCGCUACUUCGAAGAUCAUGAAGACCAAGAUGCUCUGAAUCUUUUCAUCAGUGUUGCUAGUUUCUUGGUGGAUCAGAAUAUCUGGAAUCAGCUGAUACUGAAAUGUCUCCAUUUACGCAUCUUUUCUUUUGUCCAACAAUUCUUCUAUCAAAACGAGGUUCUGGGACUUCCAAGUCAAGUAACGGCAGCAACUCUGAAUGAACUACCGGUUGCACUUGCAGAUCACUCGCUGAUGGAAGAAUGGACAAGCCAAAACUUUGCCAACCGCGCUUUGUGGAACGCAGUGCACUCUGACCUGUGGACAAAUCCAAAUUUUCAGAAGCUUCUUGGAUGUAUCCCAAAUCUGGAUCGACCAGAUCCACUUCCAAUUCGGAGAAGGUUGCAUUUCCCUACAUAUCGAAAUAUCUCCCAUGCAUUUCUCAGUGACAUAGGGUCCGAAGAGGCUCUAAUGAAAGAUACUUCCACUGGGCCCGAAGAUCAACCAUAUCCAAUCCUAAAAGAUUACCAAGGGCAAGUUGUUAUGGCUGUGGAACAAUCAAACAAGAGGCGCUUGAUAAUGGCACGACAGGAACAAGAAAGAUUUCAAGAAAAUCCUGUCAAUGACGCUCCCAGUCUGCCAGCAAAACCUUAUCAAGAGUUCAAUGACCGUGCACUCCAAGAUUAUCAAAUGCAAUUAAUGUUAUUGGAAAACAGUAGGCGAUUACUUAUGGCGCGGCAGGAAGGAGGCUUUUGUACUCCGGAAAAUCCCCUACAACCAAGAGGUGUUAUUGCAUGGGCCAUUUUCAAAGGCAACUCUCCCCUUCUUGAUACUCUCUUAUUGAGUGGUAAAAUCAACCUGAAAACCCAAGACUCAAAAGGCAGAAAUCCUCUUAUGUACGCGAUUGGGGCGCGUCAAACAUCGAUCGUCAAAAGACUCUUAGAACAUGGCGAUAUUGACCUGAAUCUACAACUUCAAGAUGUCGGCCUCUAUUCUGAUACUUCUAAAGGAAAAUCUCGCGAGCCCACGGACGAAGAGCUGGCGUUCCAGUUGCAGAAUGAGGAAUUGCAGAGCAUCUCUCAAUAUUUUGAGGACCGACGAAUGGCCAUGAGUUUCGCGGCCGCGGUUGAAGCUGAUGGGCGUAUCCUGACUGAGAACAAGGAGGAGGAAGAUAACGCGUCUAAAGAUCGUUCCAUUGCUUGCCAAUUGGAUAUAGAUGGAUAUGCCAAGUCUACCUACUCCAUGGAUUCAGAAACAGCGUGUUUAGAUGAUGAAACUCUGAAAAAACUCCAGAUCUUAUAUGUAUCCGGCUUGGAAGGUUAUCAUGACAGCGAAGCGACUAUCGCCUCCUCUGAGCAGACUGAAUCAUCCACUUGGGCUGCUCAGCGACCUAACCAAUUCCGAUUUACACCCCAUGAAUGCGUUGCUUGUGUGGAAGAAAAGAUGUUUGUCGAUGUGGCUAUCCGCAAGCUUGGGACAGUAGAAGACAUGGCUCUUAGGGCGACUGUGUUGCUGCUCACUUUGGGCCUCGCUUGGACUGCUGAUGCAGCUCCCUCUCGGGAUGUGAAGCACGUUCUUCACGAGAAGCGAGAUUCACUGCCUGAACGCUGGACCAAACGCGACCGCGUGCCCCGAGACAAAUUGCUUCCAAUGCGUAUCGGUCUAGCGCAGUCAAACCUCGAUAAGGCCUACGAACAUUUGCUGGAUGUCUCCCACCCAGAUUCUGCUAAUUAUGGAAAACACUGGACUGCGGAGGAGGUCAUCAAGGCGUUCCAGCCAUCUGAUGAGACUGUCGAUUCAGUGAAGAUCUGGCUUACGGACAACGGCAUUUCGUCCGAGCGCAUAACACACUCUGACAACCGUGGAUGGCUAGCCUUUUUCGCAACCCCGGAUGAAGCGGAACGUCUCUUGAAUACCGAAUUCCAUGAAUUUGAAGACUCCGUUACUGGUGGAAUCAUGCCGGCUUGCGAUGAAUACCACGUUCCGCACCAUAUCAAGGAACACGUCGAUUACAUCACUCCCGGUAUCAAGCUUCUUGCCCCAGUCGAUGGACACGAGCGGAUUAAGCGAGAGCAUGUCGUUCGCGUGGCGAGUGGAGACAAGCAAAAGAGAGAGAAGACAUUCACUAAGCGCGUCAACCAUGAUCUACGGGAUCCCCUUGAAGAGGGGUCCGAGAGAGCGGAAGCCGUCAAAGCAGCAGUGUCAUCGAAGCCCAAUGAUCUCAGUACAUGUGAUGUAGCGAUUUCCCCAGCAUGUGUUGCCGCUCUCUACCAGAUUCCUCCAGCAACCAGAGCACACCCGAACAACUCUCUGGGAAUCUUUGAGUCCGAGCUACAAUUCUAUACGCAGCAGGAUCUGGAUCUUUUCUUUGCCAACUUUACUCCUCAGAUCCCCAAGGGAACCCAUCCCAUCGCAGCAAAUAUCGACGGCGGUCAACAAUCUACAACGGAUCCUUACUAUGCUGGUGGGGAAGUGAGUCUGGAUCUCCAGCUCGCGUAUCCGAUCGUAUAUCCACAGACUAUUACCGACUAUGAAGUAGACGACUUUAUUGUGCAGUCCAAUCCCAACGAUACCUAUACGUUUGGAUUUAAUACCUUCUUGGAUGCUCUCGAUGGUUCUUAUUGCACGUUCUCGGCUUAUGGUGAGACUGGAAAUGACAAAUACCUUGAUCAAAGUUAUCCGGAUCCGGGUGGUUGGCAAGGUCAACUCAUGUGUGGUGUCUACAAGCCAACCAAUGUGAUCUCCGUUUCGUACGGUGGGCAAGAAGUCGACCUCCCAUUAUCCUAUCAACGCCGUCAGUGUCUCGAGUAUGCCAAACUAGGACUUCAAGGAGUGUCUUUCUUGUUCGCUAGUGGAGACUCGGGUGUCAGCAAUUACCCUAACUCCGGAGAUGGUCCCACGGGCUGUAUAGGUAGCAAACUCAACGUCUUCAACCCAACAUGGCCAAACACAUGUCCCUAUGUCACCAACGUCGGAGCAACAAAAGUGUACCCUGGAAAGACGGUUUGGGAUCCGGAAAGUGCUGUGUAUGAUCCGGCCGGUUAUCCGUAUAGCGUCAACUAUUCAUCCGGCGGUGGCUUCAGCAAUGUGUUCCCAAUUCCAGACUACCAACAGGACGCGGUAGCAACUUUCUUCAAGAAACACAAUCCACCAUACCCUUACUACAGUGCCCUAGCCCCCGAGACGAAUGACAUUCAGCAAAUGAUUGAUAUCGACUCUUUGGUCGGCAGUACCGGAGGAAUCUACAAUCGUAUCGGCCGUGGUGUUCCCGAUGUUGCGGCCAAUGGUGAUAACAUUGUGGUGUACAAUGGCGGAAACUACACUUUGAGCGGGGGGACGUCUGCUAGCACGCCUAUUUUUGCCUCUGUCAUCAAUCGUAUCAACGACGAGCGUCUUUGGGCUGGUAAAUCGCCUCUUGGAUUCCUCAAUCCGUCUCUUUACGCAAAUCCAUCGAUGUUGAAUGAUAUUACAAAUGGAACGAACCCUGGCUGCGACACUGUGGGAUUCUCUGCCGUCCCCGGAUGGGAUCCCGUCACUGGCCUUGGAACGCCAAACUUUCCUAAAAUGUUGAAAUAUUAUUUGAGCUUGCCAUAG